AUUUGACAGAAGUGUUCACCAUUUCAUGGGAACAUGCACAUAUGUGCUGUCCAAACCAUGUAGUGAUUCCUCAGUGGUGCCUUACUUUUAUGUUUCGACUACCAAUGAGCACAGAGGUACCAACACCAAGGUGUCCUGGGUGAAGUCUGUACACGUAUUUGUCUACAACAACACACUUUCAAUGGUGAAAAAUCGUAAAGUGUUGCUCAAUGGAAAUAGAGUAAACCUACCUGUGUCUGUCAGAAACCUCCUGGUAGUGCGGAUGAGUGGUACCUAUGUUUUACUGGAGACUAGCUUUGGCCUGUUCGUGAGAUUUGAUGGCAACCACCAUGUUGAUGUGUCUGUACCAUCUAUGUAUGCUGGACUGCUCUGUGGCAUGUGUGGUAACUACAAUGGUGACCCUGCUGAUGAUCUUAUUAUGCCUAAUGGCAGCCUUGCAACAAAUUCUAAUGAACUCGGAGAGAGUUGGCAAGUACCUGAUGUAUUAACGGAGUGCAAUCAUGGUGAGAAUGACUUUAAAUGUGAUCCAGAAAUAAAGGAGAAUGCUGAGAAAGAUACCACUUGUGGAAUGAUUACAAAUCUGUCAGGUUUAUUCAAAGAGUGCCAUGUUAAAGUUCCACCUCAGAAUUACUUUGAAAAUUGUGUCUAUGAUAUGUGUAUGAGUGGAGGACAGUCUACAACACUUUGUUUCGCCGUACAAACCUACGCUGACUUGUGUGCUCAAGCAGGAGUUUGUAUAGAGUGGAGAAAUAAUUCCUUCUGCUCCCUAUCCUGCCCCAGUGGUAGUCACUAUGAGAGAUGUGGCACAAGUUGUCCUGCUACUUGUACAGACCUGUCUGCACCAGACAACUGUCUUCUACCAACUGUUGAAGGAUGUUUCUGUGACCCUGGAUAUGUUCUGAGUGUGGAUCAAUGUGUUCCAAACAAUCAGUGUGGCUGUGUGGAUGAUAGUGACAAAUACUAUCAGCUAAAUGAAUCUUGGUUCACACAUGAGAACUGUACUGAACGCUGUACAUGCUUGGGCAAAAAUACCAUCAGCUGUACAGCCUGGAAGUGUGGAGUGUUGGAAAAAUGUGAGAGACGUGACGGAGAGCUGGGUUGUCACAUAACAGGAAGUGCAUCCUGCUAUGUUGGUGGUGAUCCUCACUAUUAUACCUUUGAUAAAAUCAUGUACACAUUCUCGGGCACUUGUGCAUACACCCUGGUAAGGGCCUUUGACAACAGCGGUGUGGUUCCUGUCAACAUCACCGCAUUGAAUGAAGCGCAUGGUCAGAACCUGUCAACAUAUUUGAGAGAAAUCUACAUAGAUGUGUAUGAUGUUCAUCUCACACUGGAGAAAAACAGGAGGAUCUUGCUAAAUGGGAAAAGAACUCGCACACCAAUGCAAAAUCGUUUGAGAGGCAUAAAUGUUAUAACAAAUGGUAUCUACACAAUUGUUGAGACAGAUUUUGGAAUGUCAGUGAAAUAUGAUGGCAACCACAACCUUGAGAUCAAUUUGCCAAACUCAUAUUAUUCAAAGGUGUGUGGUAUGUGUGGUAAUUACAAUGGCCAAAAAGCUGAUGAGUUGCUAAUGCCUGAUGGUCUGAUUGCACCCAGUGUAACUCACUUUGGAAACAGUUGGAAGUCAGAGGAAUACAGUAAUGCAGGCUGUCAACCAGACUAUAGCAGAGAACAAAUGGACUUUCCUUGCACGCCAGAAGAGAAACUGAUUAUUGAGUCCCAGUGCCAGGAGCUGCUGCAUGAUAAAUUCAUACCUUGUCAUCACUUUGUUAAUCCACAUAUUUUCAUCAAGAACUGUAUUCAAGACAUGUGCAAAUAUAAUGGCAUGAUUUCAACACUCUGUGAUAAUUUCCAAAAUUAUGUUGCUGCUUGUAAGGAAGAAGGAAUAGAAAUCAUGUGGAGGAACAGUACUUUCUGCCCUCGGUAUUGUCCACCAAACAGUUACUACACAACCUGUGCUCCUGCUUGUCCUCCUACGUGCAAUAAUAUCUACACAGGAUCCAGCUGUGACAGGUCUUCUGUGUGCAUGGAAGGAUGUGUAUGUGACAACGGUUUCAUAUUCAGUGAUGACAGCUGUAUUUCAGUCAAUGAAUGUGGCUGCAGAGACAAAAACGAUCAUUACCAUCGUAUUGGAGAGACUUGGCUGACCCAACAUUGUGCCCAAAAAUGUAGCUGUGGAAAAGAUGGUGAGAUAAACUGUGCAGAUGAUGGCUGUGGAAGCAAUGAGAACUGCAGUCUGAAGAGAAAUGGGCAGUAUAUCUGCAAAUCUACUGGAAAUACAGUUCUAUAACCUGUCAGGACAAAGGAGUUGAUGAGAUCUGUUCAGCAAGAAACCAUACUUUUCAUGAUUGAUAUGAUGGUGAAUGAUCUGUCUUCAUUAGUGAAAAGACCUGCUCAAACCCAUGUUUUAAUUUUCUACAGUUGUUGAAUGUUUUUUCUAGUUAAAUGUUAUUAUAGUAAUUGUUUAUGACCUUACAGAAUGUCAAACUCAUCAGUGUUUAUAACUGAAAGCUUUGCCCAUUGUUCUCUUGUCUUCAUUAAAAAAUACUAAUGUACAAUUUCUACUGAAUUUCAGAAACAAAUUAAAAUAUGAUUGUUUCCAA